GAUCAUCAUAAUUCAUUCAGUAUACAACAGAUGACAUCAGAGCAGCAGCGGAAGGAGCUAGACGAUAGAGCGAGGAGAGGAGAGACGGUGGUGCCUGGCGGCACCGGUGGCAAAAGCUACGAGGCUCAACAACACCUUGCUGAAGGGAGGAGUAGAGGUGGGCAGACGAGAAGAGAUCAGCUGGGAACCGAAGGAUAUCAGGUGAUAGGCCGGAAGGGCGGUUUGAGCAGCGGUGAUCAAGGCGACCGGAAUCGUGGGAAGACUGGUGAAGAAAUGGACGUUCAUAAGUCCACUGGCUGAGCUGUUUGCAUCUUCAGUUUUUGUGCAUAUAAGAUGGAAUAAUAAACCAACCCUCUAGUCACAUUAUCUCUGUUUGUUUUUUUACAAGGAUACAUUAAGCUUGUAACAAAACGAGUGCUUGGUCUGA